UCCACGCUUUCGGAGUGAUUCUGUGGCAAAUGGUGACCGGCCUCGUCCCGCACCAGUUCAUGAGCACAGCUCAAAUCAUCGUUCUCAUUCGCUGCUGUACACAUCCCGAUCCUCGACUGCGGCCUUCUUUUCACCAGAUUGUCUCGCUCAUUGCUCGUGCCUAUGAAGAGGUAAACUCGCCUGAAGAGGAUGCUCUGAUCGACUUCAUGAAUGGCACAUAGUUCCGUCGCCGUCUCCUCCGGCCGCGUUUCUUCACGUUGGAAGACGAAGCCAAAGGUUUUUUAGCGCAUACAAACGCGUGUCAUUGCAUGCGUCUGCAAAGGAAGAAGCUUGUUGUAAAUGACUGUUCAUUUAACUACCGUAUAUAUACCAUAUAAAUACAUGCAUCUAGAAAUAUGUAUGUAUAUCGACGUGUGAUUGUACAUGUAGGGAUCUGUUCGAGUUGACCUGUGGGGGCGGAUGUCGAUCACACUCCAGAUGUCUGUGUGGAUAACUUUGUUGGUCGUCAGUGCACGCAUGCGUUCUGGGAGCUCUUUGAGGCAGAGCUGUGUUUUUUCCUCUGGUCUUUGUGCCGUUUGGCGGUGCCGCUGGGGACGCGGGGCUUUUGUUUUCGCUCGAAAAGAAGCGUUUUAUGUCUCAAAGGCUGCAGAUGUUUGCGAUUUGCAGCACCUUAGUGGGGAUUGUACAGGAAAUGGUUCCCCUGUGGACAGGCGUCGGUUCUUGGUGCACUCGCAGGAUAUCCCGUGCCUGCAGUGGUAGGGGAAACAGGGCGUUUUGAGGGAGAAGAACUCCCCUUUUUUCUGUCGCCUCUGGUCUUUCCGAGUGUCUCUGUUGUUUCAAGCGUUCUGUCGCCCAGAGAGAAACGCCGCGUUUGCAAGAUGUAUUUGCAAGAUGUACCGACGCCCCGUUUCGUCGCUUCGGAUCGACUUUUCCGACCCACUGACGAAUUUUCGAGUUCUCGGGUGAAUGUGCCGUGUCACCAGAGAGAAGCGCUUCGGGCUCUCCUGCCCUCAGCAAUUGUAAUUCUGUUCCCUGGAACUGAAAAGGAGCGUCGAGACGCUUGGCUUCACCCCGAGAUCCGAAAACCGCAUUCUCCCGCCACAGACCUGUCGUGCGGCGUAGCCCUCUCGGAAGCCUUAGCAUCGCAGCACACCCGGGGCAGAGAGAGCAGACCCCGAGACUUUGUUGCGCCUCAGAGAACAGAGCGCGAAACUCAAGCCACGUUCGGUCUUCAAAUGCACAGCCAGAGAAACGGAAACAAAAUGUUCGUCUCGCCAGCUUCCGGAGAGACAACCAAGGGGCACCCGCUUAUACGCAGUGGGGUUGCUUAUACGUCCUUCUACUGA